AUGAUGCCCAAGUGCUUGUUAAUUUUGCUGGUAGUUUUGGUGUUCCGUGCUGUAACUGGUUUGAAACUUCCCACUAAUACAUCUGCAGUCGAACCUGGAUAUGAAUGCUUUAACCAAACAAGCUGUACAACUUUGGAGAAUUCGUUCUGUUCUGAUGAUAAAAAAUGUACUUGUGAAAAAGGUUAUGUUCCAUGGAACGAGCGCUGUGUUCCGGCGAUUGGAACAAAGUGCGAUUAUGAAGACUGCAAGCUUAAUAAUACAAUAUGUGAAGAUGGAACUUGUCAAUGUGUUUAUGAUUUUGUUGCUUUGUCAGACGUUGAGUGUGUGAGAGUUUCAGAACAUGGAGAAAAAUGCGAGGAUGACAUUCAGUGCAGCUGCAAGAACUUCGAUACCUGCGACAUUGAGGAACCGUACACAGACGUGUUCUGCGCAGAAAAAAAAUGUUCUUGCCACGAAAAUUACCAUUACGUACCUGGCAAAUACAUCUGCGUUAAAAGUGCCCAAAAAAUAGGUGACAACUGUACAGUCACUGACAAUUGUCUCCCCAUCAAGAACACUGAGUGCAUUGACGACCAAUGUUCCUGUCCUGAAAAAAAUUUCGUGGAACAAGAUCAGUGCUUUGGCGGCAUAGGCGCUACCUGUGACAUCUUUGGUGAAGAUUGCAAGGUCAACAACUCGCGUUGCGGAUUUUCGGGAUGCGAAUGCUUCGACGAAUUCGUGGAACUCUCCGUAAAGGAAUGUGUUCCAAUCAAGAAACGAGGCGAGGAUUGUCUUAUAGACGAACAAUGUUCCUGUGAGAAAAAUGGAAAAUGUUACUUGAGUGAAACAUACAAAAAUCUCAUCUGUUCCAAAACAAACAACGUAUGUAGUUGUUCCGAAGGGUUCCAUUAUAUUCCGGAACAAGAUUCUUGUGUUCAUAGCGCAGCAGCAAUUGAUGAUUCAUGCACGCACAAUUACAAUUGUUUGCUUCUAAGCAACACGCACUGCAAACAAAGCAAAUGUCAAUGCAUCGAAAAUUAUUUUAAUUAUAAAGGGCAAUGCAGACAAGGCUUGAACUCGCCCUGUGUCGAGAACAGUCAUUGUUCCGCGGUUCUUUACUCUCAGUGCAUUAAUAAUGAGUGUCAAUGCAACGAUAACUAUGUUCCAAUAUCAACCGGAAUUUGCGCAGCAAUUGCUAGCUAUAAGGAACCGUGUCAGUUCCAGGAACAGUGUCGUAACAAUAGAACUUUGAUGGUUCCUUACGAAGAACUUGUUUGUAAUGGAACUUGCUCAUGUUCCAACGGUUUUCAUUAUGUAGAUGACAAAAAAGCGUGUGUAAAAAGUUCGACAGCCGUCGGAGGGAACUGUUCGUUGAACGACCACUGUGGACGACUUACGAACACUUUUUGUUGGGAGAAUAAAUGUUCUUGUUUAGAAUAUCAUUACCAGCGAGAGGAACAAUGUGUUCGAGGAAUCGGAGCCCGCUGUUCCGGGAACUGUGAGGCGACAAACUCGAUUUGCGGAUCAACUGGGCGGUGCAUCUGCUCUCCUGGACACAUAUUUGCUACUGAGGAUCGGUGUGUUCCAAUAAUUGAGCUUGGAGGGAAUUGUGAGAUGGAUGAUCAGUGUUCUUGCUUGCAUCAAAAGUGUGACUUGGAACAACCGCACAGAGAUCUUGUUUGUUCCAGUGGAACUUGCGGUUGUCCCGCUAACUAUCACUUCAGUCCCAAAUCAAAGUUUUGUAUUUACACCGCAAAAGGUAAGAAGUAUUUUGCUUGUUCCAGAACAAUGAUUGACCAAAGAUUUGUUCCAGGAAUCGGCGAACAGUGUUCCACUGACGAGAACUGCGUGCAGCUUCCGUUCACAGAGUGUAACAAUAAUAAAUGCAUGUGUAAACCGAACUACUUUUCAUCAGAAGGUAAGUGCAAGAUUGGGUUGAAUGCUAAUUGUAACAGCACCAACCACUGUUCCGCGGUGGAACAUACCGAGUGUAGGAACUAUAAGUGCAAAUGCACGGAACUGUUCGUGGAACGGUCAACGGAACUUUGCGUUCCGGUGAGUUCUUUCGGCGGAGACUGCGAGGUCGUCGAACAAUGCACCAGUCAAACCUCGAAUGCGACUUGCGAGGCACCGACAGAUGGCGCGAACAAGGUGUGCCGAUGCGGAACCGGGCAGCACUAUCACGCCACCGGGUGCUUCUUAACUAGAACACUGGACGAACGAUGUGAUUCGGACAGCGAAUGCUUCGUUACUUCUAAGUACGACAGUGUUGCUUGUAUAGAGAACAAGUGCGUCUGCGUCGAAGGGUUUGAGAAGGUCAAUGGAACAUUCUGCGGUACGUGGCGCGGGCAGUGUUCUCGCCUCUGCACUGUUAGUUUUCCUCAUGGUGGUUGUCAAGUCUGCCGUCUAGGAACCAUUAUUCCAGGAACUGCUGGGAUGGCA